AUGCCACCCUCUUUAAGUGGACGCACAUACGACAGUGAUCGGCCAGAGUCUAUGGAUUUCCUUGAAACGACACAAUACAACUCUACACCAAGUUCCUCUUCAGCAAAUCGCGGUUCUAACUACCAAACGCCUUUGCCGCGAUCGUGGCGUGAAUACCGACACCCCAACGGAGACAUAUACUUUUACAACCGCGAGCUUCGUUUAAUCACACCGGACAACGUUAGGGACCCAGAGAUGCUACGGUAUAUCAUGGAUGCGCGAGAGGACCAUUUGCAAUGUCUGGCCGGGGACCCCAAUGUCCAUCGACUCCCGAGAGAUUAUGAACUUGUGAUAUCUGAAGUGAACGAAAGCGCUGCAGUUAUUCGAAUGUACUCGAGGACGGCCGGUGCUGCUUAUAUCUGGACGGAGGAAGCAGGAUUAAUCGUCAAGACACGAGAGAAUUUUUGGUCAUACGUCGCUGAAUUCCCAUCACACCACGACAACCUUCCCCCGGGCACCGAAAAUGAAUUUGCACAAGCGCUUCAAGAUGCAAAGGUUGCGAUUGGCAAUGGAGCCAUAUUUCCUUUUUCCGAAAGACAAAUUGACCAAAUGAUCCAUCGGUAUCAAUAUUUGACAAACCUGCGAUCCAGGGGAAGGAACGUAUCGCCAUCGCUUGCCUGGCUUAUUGGAGCGGUUAUGCCCCUUGACGCUGUCGGACGGGUUGUCAAUAAUCAGAAUUUGGGCUACCUCACAACCCGUGUUUAA